AUGAAGACCAUCGCUGUUGCUGCUACUGUUGCGGUGUCUCUCGCAGGACUCGCAGCCGCCAAUCCGAUUGCUGAACCACAAGGUUUUGGCGGAUGGUUCCACCGACGCCCAGCAACCACCUUCACGACUGUUACUGUCACGGUUCCAGCACCAACCCCCGCGCCAGAGGCAGGCAACUCGAAGCCUGCUGACAACGCAACACCGGCCGGAAACACAACGCCCGAUGAGUCCCCCAAGCCUGCUGGCAAUGGGGGAUCUGUUGGUGGAAAGGGCCCAGCCUUCCCCUUUUACUUCACUUCAACAUACGCAGUGAUUGCAACCCCUGAUCAAGUCAUCAAUGGCACUGUCGCUGCCCCUGGGGAGCCUGGAGCCAUCGGAAUUUACAAUUACGGUAUCAACAGUGACUUGGAGGUCAUCUGCUACAACAUCACCCUUGGAGGAGUGACCGGAGACUACCAAUCUGCUGCCAAAACAGCGACUCACAUCCACCAGGGCGUCAAAGGCGCCACCGGCCCCCCACGCAUCGCGCUUCCCAACCCUCUUCCAAUCAGCGACGAUCCCACGGUGAUUCGUCGCUCCGUCGGAUGUUUGACUGGCCCAUUCACCACCGGUAUCCUGGCAAACGGAAUUGACACCGGUGCCGGAUUCAGCCUCAAGCAAAUCGAAGCCAACCCGGCGGGUUUCUUCACCGACGCUCACACCGUCAAGUAUGUCCCAGGUGUUGUCAGAGGACAACUAGCAUAG